AAAUUAAGAAAAGGAUGCACGAGGCGACAGCAAUUUCUGCGUGGGUAUAUGCAGAUGUCUUGCUAUAGCACGUUUAUUUAUGCUCAGUCAUGCCAACAUAAUCUCACUUUCAGAUAAAUAUUUUUUAUCUUCGAGCGCACUUAUAAUCUCAGAGUAAAGCUAACUCUAGGCAACACAACCCGUUAAAAAGUUAAUAAAUAAAUAAAAAGUCACGUGGUGUCAUGACGUCGCAGCCAACUCAGAGUGAAGACAUUCAUGAUGGCGUACGCCGCUCAAAAGCGAAAGAGCAGAGAACAUGCUGAAAUGCAGAUUAAAAUGGAAGAGGAUUUAAUAAACGCAGUGAAAGAAAAUAAUAUUACAGAAGUGGAAAAAUUAUUAAAAGCCGGAACGUCACCAGAUGCGGCCGAACUUAACAGGAAACUGUACUACGAGUCCAAAAACUACCUGACACCGCUUCACCACGCAGCCGGUAUAGGAGCAGCCGAUAUUCUUGCAUUGUUAAUACGUUUCAAAGCAAAUGUCAAUGCUAAGGACCGUUUUGAUGUCACCCCUCUGCAUGAAGCUGCAAAGAAUGGUUUUGUCUCCUGCGUUCGGAUACUUCUUGAAGCAGGUGCAGACAUAAAUGCUCCUACAAAGUAUUCAAAGACAUUUACAGGAAUGCCAUACCUUGGUGGAACUACACCGCUUCAUCUUGCUGCAGAAAAAAACCGCAUCCCCUGUGCCAUUGAACUAAUUCUUUAUGGGGCAGACUAUAAUGCUGUUGAUGAGGAAGGAAACACUAGUCUCUACAUUGCGGCCAGAAAUGGAAGUUCAGGCUGUGUAAUGGGACAUCUAGAAAAUGCAGUUCGCAUGGAUAUUCUCUCCAUUCCAAAUUUUGUCACUGAGAGCACAGCACUGCAUGAAUGUGUACGUCAUGGAAUGAAGGAGUGCAUCCGAGAGUUGAUCCGGAGAGGGUCCGAUGUCAGUCAUAAGGCGCUUAAUGGACGCAGUCCACUGCAUGAGGCACUAAGCCCCUGUAUAUGCUCAUUUGACUUUGACGUCAUCAAGGACAUGGUUCUCAAUGGUUAUAACUGUGACAUAAACCAAAAAGAUGUGUGUGGCUACACUCCACUGCAUUAUGUUUGCUUUACUGACACACCACAUCGUGAGCGAAGACCAGAUGUAGCUACAUUCUUUAUUGCUUUGGGUGCCAACCCAAACAUACGUAGCAGAUGUGGUGAGGACUUGAUCCAGCAUGAACUUCGCCAGAAUAAUCCUAUCUCCGAUGUACUUGAAGCUAUUAUUGAUGUCACUCCCAAUCUUCUCCCUGUCAACAACAGAAUGGCAUUUUGCUUGCCAGGAGCCUGCAGUAAUGGUGCAGUGUCCAGGUUAGUGGAGCACUACAACAGCAUUGCAUCCCAGCCUCGUAGUCUUCAGCACCUUGCACGCUGUGCUGUCCGCAGAGCUAUGGGUCCCAAGCGAAUUCGGAAAGUGCCAUAUCUCCCUUUACCAAAGAUUAUUCGUGACUACUUGCUGCUAAACAACAGAUUAAUAACAAUACCUCAUACAUCUUAGUGACUGUUAAAGAGCGGUUUUUUUGUUGUGUUUUAAAGUAUGUGGUUUUCAAACUUCAAGGAAUGUUCAGGUGCGCUUGGAAUUGUGGGUUUCAUAGUUACUUCGGACCUUGGAUGAAGUCUUUGAAUGUGAAGUUUAGUAGAGCCUAAAUGAGACACGUCUGCAAGUCUUAAAGGCAAAAGAUGUGGAAUGCAGUUGACAAAGCCAUUUGCCACAAGGCAUGAAAAUGUCAUCCUGUUGUAACUGCUGAUAUUGCAUUGUAAGUUGCCACCACAAGGACAAGAGUUUUACCAUCUUAUUUAGUCAGGGUUAAAGACAGAAACAGAUAUGCAAUAGACUGGUGUACUGCUGCCUCACUUUUUUUAAAAAGUGAUUUUCAGUGCUUGUUAUAAAUGUUGUUAAAUGCUGUUCAGGUGAGAUUGUUAUGUGGUGGUUAGAGCAUUCAGAGGACCACAAGAGGACAAAAUAGUAAUUCAGCAACAUCACUAGAUUCUUAGAAUUAUUUUUUGUUUCCUCUCUCCCAUGUAGCUAAUACUUCAAGUGUUAAGAUAUUUAAUGUGUACAUGGAUAGUGUGUGUAUAUAUAUAUAUAUGCCUGUGUGCUUACGUGUAAAAGACCAAGCUUGAAAGCAUAAGGAUGUGACCAAAAGAAUGAACCUGUGAACUGGACAUUUGGCUAUGGACAAUCUAAGGUAAAGAGCCUGUCAGGUGACCUGACUGGUACAUAGAUUCUGUUAGGCUGAGAUAAUAUAUAUUCUGUCAAUUUCAGUGCCUGAAUCACAAUUAUUAUCUAAUUCCAAGAUAUGUGAUGUCCACUUGUAAUUGGCAAGUUCUGCAAAAUCUUGCUCUUGUGCACAGAUAACAUGCUACCUCAUGUUAUUAGGAUCCAUUCAUGCUGUCUCGCAGUUGGCAUGUAGUCCAUGCCCAUCAGUCUGAGCAGUGUAUUAAGUUCUUUGGAAGAUUUAAAUUUAUUUUUCUCCAGCAGUGAAGAAUAUUUAAUUUUGCACAGUCUUGAAGUACUAAGCCAUGCAUGCUUGAACCCAAUUAUUGUGAGGUUUAGAUUUCAAGUUAGCAGAUUGUGAAAAAUAACCUCAUGCUGUUACAGUUAGCAUGGUUCCUCAGAUUUUGUAAGCUUUGGUUGACUAUUAAUUAAAAAACAAAACUUUUGUUAAGUACAUUUUUUUUAAAAAUUGAUACAUUUUUAAGAACACUAAUAGGUAAUCACAAUCAACGAAAUAUUAUCACAAGAGAACAGGUAAUUUUUCAUCAAGUGGCUUUUGAUUUAUGAUUAUGGUAGGGGACCACAUGAGCAUGUGUCAUAUUAAAUAAAAGAUUUAUAAUUAUGUCUGGCUUCUUUAUUUUCAAUUUCUGGUUUAGAUGUAAGUUUCAAAUGUGCCAUUUUAGCCAUUCAAAAAAAGUUGUUUAGGCUGUUUUACAACCAAACAAGAGGGAGCCAUGGUCAACGUGAAAAUACUGGGCAACUACUCACAGACUGCACUGAUGAUUGUAAAGUACAUCAAUAAGAGAAUUUUAGGUUUUCAUACACAUGACCUACAUAAUACAGCGACACUUGAAAGUAAACAGAGUUCAUACAGUUUCUUGAAAGAUGGUUGAAUUUGUAUUUGUUACCUUUGUGACAGAUUCUGGUGAUACAAAGCUUUACUGACAUGGACACAGUAAGGUAUAGAUGAUGUAAAGUCCUGGUUGCUAUAAAACAGACUGCAACUGAACGAGGAUAAGACUGAAGUGCUACUUGUCCAAAGAAAUUUCGAAGUCAUCCUUUUCUCCCUUGGUCUCUGUCUAUUCAUAGAUUGGGUGUCAUUCUCAAUCAGAGUUUGACUUUUCAUCAGCAUAUUUCUCAUGUCUGCAGAAAUGCUUACCUUGAACUUCAUAGGAUCAGUACUAUUCAUCAUCUCACCACCGAUGCAACUUAAACUAAUCUGUGCCUUUAUGCUAUCAAGGAUGGCUUACAGUAAUUUUCUUUUAGCUGGAAUUCCCAAGCAUCUUCUUGACAGACUUCAAAGGAUCCAGAAUAACGCUGUUCGCCUAAUCUGCAGACCAUCUAGAUGCAAAAAUAUUCCACCUAUCAUACACUGUCUUCACUGGCUGCCAGUCAUACAUCAUAUAGCCUACAAACUUUCCACUCUGACUUACUCAGCUGUUUCUGGCACAGGUUUUCGGUACUUCUCUGAACUCAUUCCCAUCUAUACAUGCGUUUAACCUCUUCGUUCAUCUGACACCAAGCUUCUGCAAGUUCUACAAAGACAGACAUGUGGACAGAAGUUUUUCUCCUACCAAGCCCCAUCAACUUGGAACGGAUUACCCAUCAGCUUUCGUCACUCUAAUUAUCUUACCACCUUUAAGUCCAAACUUAAGACACAUCUUUUGAGAUCAAUUUUACUGUAACCCUGUCCUGACCAUGAGCGUGCAUAAUGUGUGUAUUUAUUUUGUGUAUGAAUAGCAUCUGUCGAAGGAGUGAGCAUCUGUAAUAUGCUAGCAUGAGUGCAUGGUUGUUGUUGAUUUGGUCAAUGAUUUAUGUAAAGCAUUCUGAGCAAAGCUUUUUGGAAAGGCACCAUAUAUAAAUUCUCUUCAUUAUUAUUCUUCUGAGAACACAGUUCUACAAACACGUGAAGGUUUUGAAUGCAAUUGUCAUGUAAGACAAGAAAAUGCUUUUUUUUUUUACAGUGGCCCUACACAAUGCUAUCUUCAGUACCUUGAAACUCAUUUGCUUUUUUACAUGGUAUCUAUUAUUGGGUACCAAAAGCAGAGUAUGAUUCUACAGGGCAGAGUACUAUAGCACAUUGAAGUUGACCAUUUGUCUUCGCAGAAUUGGAUCAUCUGGGAAAGUGUGAACAUUUGUCACAGCAGCAUUCUUUCCUAUGCAUUCAUCAAGAGCAUGUAAUGAGCUUUCAUUGCACCUGCGCUUUUCAGAUUCAAUAUUUUCUAUGGAAUUUGUCAGCAGAGACCCUAGCCCAGACAUGUUAACUAGGAGCUGGCAGUAACAUAAGAAUCACAUGUAGUUUUGCACGCAUAGAUUUAAACAGGUCAUGAAAAAUUGUGUAUGUGUGUGUGUUUUUGUAAUUUUGCAAGAUUCCUGUUUCUCCUUGCAAUUUCAUGUUUCAAGUCAUUAAUAAGUGGUAUGAAAAGAAUCUUUAAAGGCAGCAUUGUUUAGGGCUUAUACAGAUUUCUGCUAACUCCUCCACUUUACAGAGAUUUUCUAAUUUUGGUUCUGUAUGUACAUGCCCAUACUAAUUGUGCAUCAUGUUUCAGUAUUAGAAUGUGUUAUAGUAGCAGCAGUAUAAAUUAUUACAGUUCCAUGGCCAAAGAGGACUGAUAGUUUUUCAUAAAAUGAUUUUAUUUACAAUUAAAUAUAUUACUUGAGCAUGUGUCAUAUGAAAUAAAGUAAAAGAUGUAUAAUUGU